CUGAUUAUUACUCAGGCCAUGGGCCGUAUUCAGUCCGGUAAUAUUCCAUUGCAAAUAAUUUACGCGGUACGGUAUUUUGGACGUUGACGCGCGACGGGUUGCAUUGUGUAUUUUUCUGUGCGCGGGAGUGAGUGUGUGUGUGUGUAUCGAGUGAAAGUGCUUUGUUAUUCGCGCGUGUGUGUUUCGUAAGUUGAUAAAGUGGUAGUGAUAAUGGCAUUUAUUAAUUGCGAGGCUAGAGGGAGGUGCGAGAAUGCUUUCGAGCGAGAGAAAGCAACGGCCGGCGAGAUGGCACAAAGCUUGGACGGCCGACUGUACCUGAGUUGCUCGUCGUCUAACGGCUACUACGGCUACUUGCCGGUGUCACGUCCGGACGAUUGCGCUAUGGACACCGAGGAACCCGAAAGGCACGCCGUGCAAGCCACGGGGCCCGCGAGGCGCAGGAAGGCUAGCGCCGUCUCCGACAAUCAUGUCGUGGCCAAGAGACCCAGACUAGAAGAGGCCUUGGUUAAUCGGUGUGCUCCUCAACCACCAACGAGAAUUGUGCAAUAUCCACGGUGCAUCAUGGGCCACCUCAUUUAAAACAUAUCAGUGUGUGCUACAAUACUUUAAUUGCAUUUUUUAACUUCCAUUUUUUUUUUUAAAGGAAUUGCUAUUUUGAGAUGUGCAAAGCUUUGUUUUGAUGUAAAGUUUUUUUCUUUCCCUCCAGCAUCCUUAUCAAUAAGUAUUUGCAGAAGAGAGAGGCCUUUGUGCAGAAGAAAAGGUGAAGUCGAUAGUCUCGAAAGCCUGUUGAAAGGAAUCCACGGCUGUGAAAUGUAUCACUACCUAAAUCAAAAUGAUGUCUAACUUAUCAGUGCGAUAGCAUUCUUUUUUUUUGGUCAAGAACAGUAUUUUUUUGCAUUAAUUUGGUGUAUCUAGUUAUUGUUGUGUGUAUUUGUGUAACAUUUUGAAUAAUAAAAUUUUAAGCGAUA